UACGUCAAGUCGCCUUGUCUUGGAGAUCCUGUUACCUAUAACACGUGUUAAACGUGUUCACUUUUUUGUUUUUGAGAAGAUUCCAAGUUUAUCGUCUAACAAUGGAGUAUAUGGAGGAGGGAUCUGAAGAGUCUUCACUUGCCUGCAAAAUUCUCUGCUGUCAGUGUGGAACUCCCAUUGAACCUAAUCCUGCAAAUAUGUGCGUUGCAUGUCUUCGUACCCAAGUCGACAUUUCUGAGGGUAUUCCGAAGCAGGCUGUUAUCUAUUUCUGCAAAGGUUGUGAGAGAUAUCUUCAACCUCCUGAACAGUGGAUUAAGUGCUCACUAGAGUCUAGAGAGCUCCUAGGACUCUGUUUGGCUAAACUUAAGGGACUCAACAGAGUCAGGCUUAUUGAUGCUGGGUUUGUUUGGACAGAGCCUCAUUCUAAGAGAAUCAAGGUUAAACUGACAAUUCAGGCUGAAGUUUUGGGAGGAGCCGUUUUGCAACAAGUGUUUAUUGUUGAUUUUGUUGUAAAUGGACAGUUUUGUGAAGAUUGUCAUAGAGUUGAGGCCAAAGACUUUUGGAAAGCAAAUGUACAAGUCAGACAGAAAACUGAUCACAAAAAGACCUUCUAUUAUCUGGAACAGUUGAUUUUGAAACACAAAGCCCAUGAAUCUACAUUGGGGAUUAAGCCAACUCAUGAGGGCAUUGAUUUUUUCUAUGCCAAUGAAGGCCAAGCCAAGAAGAUGUUGGACUUUUUGACAUCUGUUGUUCCAUGCCGUUAUCAAGUAUCAAAGACCGUGAUAUCUCAAGAUAUCCACAGCAACACAUACAACUGCAAAUUCACCUACAGUGUUGAAAUAGUUCCAGUUUGCAAAGAUUGUGUUGUAUGUUUGCCAGCCAAACUGGCUCACCAGCUUGGAGGAAUAGGACAAAUUUGUGUUGUCCAACGAGUAUCGUCUACGAUCCAUCUGAUCGAUCCAUUUUCGGGACAAAUUGCCGAAGUUAAUUCAAAUACCUACUGGCGGACACCGUUCAAUGCCCUUAGCGGAACCAAACAGCUGGCAGAGUAUGUUGUCAUGGAUAUUGAGAUUAUUCGUGACCAUGAAAAACGGACAUUUGCUGGGCAGGGCGCCAUGUCUUUCAAACAUGUAUUGGCAGAUGUUUAUGUCUGUCGUCCUAAUGAAAUGGGAACGAAUGAGAUUCACACUAGAACUCAUCUUGGACAUUUGCUUAAACCUGGAGACAUUGUUAUGGGAUACGACCUGGCAAAUUGUAAUGUUAAUGAUGACAAUUUUGACAAAAUGAAUCGUGAGAACAUGCCAGAUGUCGUGUUGGUUAAGAAAAUGUACGCAGACAAGUCUGUUCGUAAUCGUCGGCGUAAGUUUAAGCUUCGCCACUUGGACGCUGAUGGAAUGGACGUUACAAGCGUUAAUCGCGAUUAUACCGAUUUCUUGGAGGACUUGGAAGAAGAUCCAGCUUUCCGUCAGAACAUUAAUAUCUACAAAGACGAAAGGAAAGUUGGGUUUGCCGUUGAGGUUGGAGAACCAGACGAAGAAAUCCCCCAAAUUACUUUACAGGAAAUGUUGGACGAUCUACAUAUUGGCGACGAAAAUCCUUCAAGUGGGGCCUCGGUAUUGGCAGCUGAGUAGAAUUUUCAGAACCAAGUGGUCACAGCAUUGUAUGUCUACAGCAAAUACAUAUUGCUCCUGGUGGAA